AAGUGGUCGUGGUGGAUAUGGAAGUGUUCAAGAUAGUCCUACUGUGUUUAGGUGCAUGUGGGUUGUUGGCUAAAAAGUUCCACUUUGAAGGCGAAAGAAACUUCAGAGAGCUCUCUCAUUCAAACGAUAAACCAAGAAAUCUAGUUCAGGAUAUCGCAAGUUGUGUCGCUUGGGUUCACCAAAAAAGUUCUAAACCGAAUGUACAGGACUGUGCAGGAGAUACAUGCUUUGAAGAACUGGAUUGUUUUAAUGCAUGCACUGGUACCUUUAGCUAUAUCGGGUUGGCUGUUCAGAAUCCGGCUUACAUUAACAGCAGUUUUAUGCUUCAUAUAAGGGACAACAUAGAAGGCAUGCCGCUGACCUAUUAUGACUUGUCGAACGCAUUUGGGGUGAUCUACAAACCGACCCGUAUUUAUAUACUUGUGCAUGAUUUUGGUGACUCUCCACACGGAUGGCCUGUUCGCGUUAAAAAUAGCAUCCUUUCGAUCGACGAUCGAGCGUGCAUAAUAGUCGAUUGGAGAGGCUCAUUUCGAACGAUCGAUGGCUCUGCAGCUUACGCUCAAGCUGUGGUUAACACUGAGAUUGUUGGACGACAGAUUGCCGUGCUUCUACAAAAUCUUAUGGAAGAUUUUUCGUUUGUAAUGAAGUCAGAAUACAUACACUUCAUUGGGCACGGACUGGGAGCGCAGAUGGCGAAGCCUUUCUCGGAGUAUUUCGUGAAACUCACAGGACUUGCCAUUGGCCGUGUUACUGCGCUUGAUCCGAUGAGUCUACUAUUUGAGGAAUACAAUAACACCAUUGACAAAUCAACAGCACUUUUUGUUGAUGUUGUCCAUACUUCGGCUCCAAACGCGGCCGCCGUACGAAGUCCCGAAGGCAUGGCGUUACGAGGUAAAGUAGGUGUGGUACGGCCGAUCGGGCAUCUUGAUCUUUACCCUAACGGUGGAAGGAGGCAACCUGGAUGCAGCAAUGAGGACGAUGUCAAGUUAUGCAGCCACAAACGCGCCUACCAGUACUUGGCGGCAGCGUUAUCUUCAUCAACAGAGUGCCUGUUCGCGUCCUACGGAUGUAAAGGAGGUCGCAAAGAGUACCUUGAACAACGCUGUGUUCGAAAUAGCGACCAGUUAUUUUUACCGAUAAACCUCGACUUAAAUCCUACUUCCACUCCACGUGGCGUACAAUUUUUUGAAGUGACACAGAAACCACCUUACUGUAUGUGAAGUUGGCAACUGAUAAAUGGAUAAAACAACGAAUAUCAUUUGGUGUGUUUUGGUGUGUUUGCUUUAAGUGGUUAUUGCUUUGAAUCAAUGAAAACAACACGUGAGUAUUGACCGUACAUAAAAUGAACCGUUCGCCUGAAAGAUUCAAUUUCAGCUUAACUCAAUUAGAAUGCAUGUUCUUGACGGCGCUCCGCAGCAAACAAGUGCCACACAUGCAAGUAAAAAAAAACCUUAAAUGGAAUACAUUUUCUUAUUUCAUCGUAUCUGCCGUUAUGGUUGUUGAUGCAAGAAUACACGGAACUUUAUCGCUGACUAAAUAUCACCAGAACUAUGACACAUGACUCAGACAAUUUUGGUAAACAU